AUGGUGGAGAAGACGUACUCCAAGCUCAGUCGAGCGGGCGAGGCAAGCAACGAGGGGAAAAACACAAGUUUCAUGUUUCCAGAGCUCCACGAGGACAUUGAAAACGCGAUCUCUCACAAUUUGACCGUCAAAUGGGUUUUCAGAAGCAAAGACGACAGAAAUGCUCAUCGAGAAUACUCGACCCAUGUCAUGGGCAGGUUCCGGUGCACAAAUCGAAGCUGCGAUAUGAGCGGUUGGGCCAGCAAGAAAGUGGCCAUCCUGAUCAGGGGCUAUGCAAGCAAUGGAUACAAUGCUGUGGUUUUCAACCAGCGCUGCAAAACUUGCGACACACUGGGUUCUCUUACUCUGGACGAGAAAUCUUAUAUUGAACGGGUUGCAUACAGAAUCCAGAAAUGGGCUGGAGUUGAGGUGGAACAGCCGCACUACGUCUCGAAAAAGGGCUUGCCACACCGGCAGGAACUGUGUGAAGGCUGCAAGAGGGGAAUUUGUCGACAGAUGAGUGACUGGGAGCAUAACUGA